ACAACCCGCCACGGGAGUCCGAGGCAGAGCAGAGGGACAGAGUGCAAGCGAGCGGUUCACCCAGAAAUCAGCAUGGGCAAGAUUUACCAGGUCGUGGUUCACGGUCUCCGGGGCGAGAAAAUGACCAUCGACUUGUGCAACACGGAGGAGCAGAUGAAGACCAUGACGGUUGAGCAGCUGAAGGAGAAGAUUGCAGAGAAACUUCCUCAGAGUAUGGGGGGGGGGGAGCAGGCUCUGCGGCUGAUAUUCACAGAUAAGAUGUUGGACGGAAACGACACGCUGCUCUCUGAAUAUGGAAUCCAACACAUGUCCGUGAUCCAGAUGGCGUUGAGGGUUCCUGGAGGACUGACGGCCUGACACCACCACUGUGCUGAUUCACGAUGCUACUUCCUGUUUACAAAUGUCGAACCUUUAUUCCAAUAAACCUUAGGGCUGUUCCCAAG